CUGAUGCCCCCCGAUGUCCCCCUGCUGUCCCCAGAGCUCUUUGGCACCGAGGGCUCCCACCUGCGCAUCCUGCGGGUGCUGGACCUGCUCUUCUACCAGCGGCUGCGCAGGGAGAACCUCCUGAGCCGGGAGGAGCUGGGGCUGCUCUUCCCCAACCUGCCCGACCUCAUCGACGUGCACAAUUCCCUCCUCGGAAUCCAUGAAGAAGCUCCGGGAAGAGGGGACCAAUCAUCCGGGAAAUCGGGAUUUGAUGCUGGCCCGGUUUGACGGCGCAGCCAAGGAGGAAUUCCAGAGGGUGGCCGCCACCUUCUGCUCCUACCAAUCCAUCGCCCUGGAGCUCAUCAAGACCAAGCAGCGCAAGGAGAGCCGCUUCCAGCUCUUCAUGCAGGAGGCCGAGAGCAACCCGCAGUGCCGGAGGCUGCAGCUGAAGGAUUUGAUCGUGUCGGAGAUGCAGCGGCUCACCAAGUACCCGCUGCUCCUGGAGAACAUCAUCAAGUGCACCGAGGCGGGCUCUGCGGAGCAGGAGAAGCUGUGCCGGGCGCGGGAUCAGUGCCGGGACGUUCUGCGCUUCGUCAACGACGCCGUGCGGCGCGCGGAGAACCGGCACCGGCUGCAGGGCUACCAGCGGCGCCUGGACACGGCCGGCCUGGAGCGCACCAGCAACCCGCUGGCCGCCGAGUUCCGGAACCUGGACCUGACCUCGCACAGGAUGAUCCACGAGGGGCCCCUGACCUGGCGCGUGGCCAAGGACAAGACCGUGGAGCUGCACGUGCUGCUCCUGGAGGACCUGCUGGUGCUGCUGCAGCGCCAGGACGAGCGGCUGGUGCUGAAGUGCCACAGCAAGAGCGCCCUGGGGGCCUCCUCCGACACCAAGGGCAGCUUCAGCCCCGUCCUCAAGCUCAACUCGGUGCUCAUCCGCUCCGUGGCCACAGACAAGCGGGCCCUGUUCAUCAUCUGCACCUCGGAGCUGGGACCCCAGAUCUACGAGCUGGUGGCGCUGACGUCCUCCGAGAAGAACACGUGGAUGGAGCUGCUGGAGCAGGCGGUCCAGGGGGCCACCAGGAGCGUCACCGGGCCACCAAAACGGCACCACGGCGAGGCCACCACGGCAGCUGCCGGGCUGGAGCUGCCGGAUCCCGACGUGUCCCCGGUGCUGUCCCGAGGCUCCGGAGCCGAGCCCGAGGCUGAGGAUUGUUCCUCGGCCGACAGCGACCCCGAUCCCUCGGGAAGGGACAAACCCCUGGAGGAGCUGCUGGAGGAGCCGGGGGGACACGAGGGGGACCUGGGACAGGCCGGGAUCGGGGUCGCCGACCCCAUCCCGGGGGUCCCCAAAUCCCUCGGAGGCGCCGGCGUGGCCGAGGCGGCGCUGCAGGACGUGGAGACCCUGCAGCUCCUGAUCGUCCGGUGGCUCCGGCCGGGCCGGGACCCCGAUCCCGAGGACGACGUCACCCCCCACGCCCUCGGUGGCCGGAGCAGCCUCCGGCCAGGGCUGGGAUUCCGUGGUGUCCGGCCGGGACUCGGUGAUGUCCAGUUGGGAUUCAGCGAUGUCCGGCCGGGAUUUGCCGCUGUCCAGCCGGGAUUUACCGGUGUCCAGUCAAGAUCCGGUGAUGUCCGGCCGGGAUUCGCCCAUGUCCGGCCGGGAUUCGCCCAUGUCCAGUCAGGAUUCGGUGAUGUCCGGCCGGGAUUCGGUGAUGUCCAGUCGAGAUUUGCCGAUGUCCAGCCGGGAUUUGCCCGUGUCCAGUCGGGAUUUGCCCGUGUCCAGUCGGGAUUUGCCCGUGUCCGGCCGGGAUUCGGCGCUGUCCAGUCAGGAUUCGGUGAUGUCCGGCCGGGAUUUGCCGAUGUCCGGCCGGGAUUCAGCUGCCCAGGAGGGAUCCUGGGAAGAGCCGGAGGGGCCGGAGCCCAACGGGAUCCAAAUCGUCCGGAAAGGAUUUGGGGUCUCAUUCCUGAGGUUUGGGGUCUCAGGCCCUGUCCCUCUCUGGGACUGGGGUCUCCUUCCCGGAUUUGGGGUCUCCUUCCCGGAUUUGGGGUCUCCUUCCCCGCUCCCUGCACGAGCUUCCCCGCAUCAGAGCUGGCCCCGGGGGGGGCUGGGUUUGGGGUGCUGAUUUCGGGUGCUGAUUUUGGGGUUCUGAUUCGGGAUUUCGGUGCUGGGCGCUGAUUUUGGGGUGCUGCUGCUGCUGCCGGGUGCCGAUUUUGGGAUUUGGGUUUCGGGUGUUGCUGAUUUGGGGUGCCGAUUUUGGGGUGCCAAUUUUGGGUGCUAAUUUGGGGUCCCGGGUGCUGAUUUCGGGGUCCCAGGUGCUAAUUUUGGGUAUCAACGUCGGGAUUCUGAUUUUGGGGUGCUGCUUUCGGGUGCUGCGUGCUGAUUUGGGGUGCCAAUUAAUUCCGGGUGCUAAUUUGGGGUGCUGGGUGCUGAUUUUGGGUAUCAAUUUUGGGGUGCCGGCUGCUAAUUGGGGGUGCUAAUUAAUUUUGGGGUGCUAAUUAAUUUCAGGUGCUAAUUCGGGGUGCUGAUUUCGGGUGCCGAUUUUUGGGGUGCUGGGUGCUAAUUGGAGGCGCUAAUGAACUUCGGGGGUACCAAUUCAUUUCGGGUGCCUCUCUGGGGUGCUAAUGAACUAAUUGGGGUGCUAAUUACCGCAUUCUGGUGGCGGGGCCCCCUCCCCCCCCCCCCCCCCC